GUUUGUCAAAACUCAAAUGUCAAUGAUUUACGAAAAAUUGAUCGCUAAGUCUGCAAACAAACAAAACAUAGGAUUCUAUAAAUUCCUAGUAAAAUAAUAAAAAAUAACGACAUAGAGGCAAAAAUUUCAAAUUAAUAACUAACACUUAAAUUCUUUAUCAAACUGUUUCUUACAAAAUAUUAGAAUGACUGUUAACAAUACAAUUGCCCAUCAAAGAUUAAUUCUUAGCGGUGAUCGUGAAAGAUUCAAGGAAUUACUGAGAAAACGACUAAUAGAAUGUGGAUGGCGAGAUCAAGUAAGAAUGUUAUGUCGCGAUGCUGUAAAAGAAAAUGAAAGUAACAACAUCACUUUUGAUAUGCUUGUCUCAAGAGUUACACCAAGGGCGAGGGCUUUAGUUCCAGAUACUGUAAAGAAAGAACUACUACAAAAAAUAAAAACACAUUUGCUAACACAAAAAGAUCAAUAAUGUCAAUGAGCUUGUACUUUUGUUUAAUUAUAUAUCAAUAAAACAACUUAUAUACCAACCAA